CUCUCUGUCUCUGUCUUUGUCUCUCUAUCUCUCUCUCUAUCUCUCUUUCUCUCUCUGCUCUCUCUCUCUCUCCUGAGUGUGAAGCUCUCUCCCUCUCCAGAAUGAGUGUGUGUGCCGACGUCCCCUCAUACCUGCGGCGGUGGCUGCUGACUGCUGUGUUUAUCUUGGCCACUCUGCUACCAGGAACCAGUGGCUGCCCCAAAUCGUGCGCGUGCUACGUUCCCACCGAAGUGCACUGUACCUUCAGAUAUCUGACCGCAAUACCAGGCCAGAUCCAGACGUCUGUGGAAAGAAUUAACCUAGGGUAUAACAGUAUAACCGUAUUGAGGGAGAAUGAUCUGUCUGGGUUGAAACACCUGGAGCUGCUGAUGCUCCACAGCAACACCAUCCACAGCAUCGCUGACAGGGCCUUUCAAGACCUCAAGUCCUUACAGGUCCUGAAGAUGAGCUACAACAGAGUGAAGGAGAUCAACAAGGACAUCUUCCAAGGCCUGGAGGGACUGGUACGACUCCACAUGGACCACAACCGCAUCGAAUUCAUCAACCCGGAGGCGUUCUACGGUCUCACCACGUUACAGCUGGUCCACCUGGAGGGCAACCUGCUCCAGCAGCUCCACCCGGAUACCUUCAUCACGCUGAGGCACAGCCAAGUGUUCAAGGUGUCCUCCGUCAGGAACAUCCACCUGUCUGAUAACCUCCUCGCCAGCUUACCCAAAGACGUCUUCACUGGCUGCUCUCAGCUGGAGAAUGUCUAUCUCCACGGCAACCCCUGGUCCUGCGACUGUCGCAUGGCUUGGUUCCCAGAGUGGGCGGAGAGAAAUGCAGCUGUGCUGAAAUGCAAGCGAGACAGAAAGUUUGCCAGAGGUCAGGCCUGCCCCAUCUGUGAGACCCCCGCUCCCUCUAGAGGCAAGAGCCUAACCCAGCUUCCCCGUGAUGCCUUCACCUGUACCAAGCCCUGGAUCCACCCCCAUCUGAAGCAGAGGAACAUCAGCCUGGAUGAGGGGGAUUACACCCCUGUCUCCCCCCAGGACUUCAUAGCUCCCAUUGGAUCUCUGCAGAUGAAUCUGACAGCUCAGUUCCACAAUGACGCUAGCCUUACCUGCACAGUCCAGAGACCAUCAGCCAUGGAGAACCUGACUCUAACCCAGGUUGAGGAGGGGGAGAAGAACGUGACCAUGCUCUCCACCACCAUCUCUACAUGGCUGGUUUGUAAUAUUGACUAUGAGCACAUCCAACAGCUCUGGCGCAUCCUGGCUACGUACAGUGACGUUCCCAUGAGGCUAGAGAGAGGGUUGAUGCUCUCCAGGACCCCAGACAUGAUCUACAAGUACAGCCAGAUCAGACCAAAGGAGGGACAUGAUGAAAUCCACACACACAUUGAGGCUGAGAUUAAGGCUUCACCCGCGUGGUUGAUGCAAGGAGAGGUCAACUUUCAGCUGGACCGCACUACAACCACAUUCUCCACCUUGCACAUUAAGUACAGGUCAGUGGUCAACCUGCGUGUGGAGAACAAGGUGUCACAGAGGAUGGACCGUUACAGCUGGACCAUCAUCAAACGAGACAACCAGACCCAGACUGAGCACUCUGUCCUCAUAGGUGGGGUGGUGGAGCUCAACUGCAAGACCUUUGGGGAACCAAAACCCUCUGUAGAGUGGAUCUUAUCGGACGGCAGUAAGGUGCGGGCACCCUACUCCAGCGAAGACCGCAGGAUAGUGAUCACCGCUGAUGGCAGGCUGACCCUGAGAGGAACAGACACCUCAGACACUGGCCUUUACCGCUGCAUCGCCACUAACUACCUGGACGCAGACGUGCUCAGCUUCCGGGUCACCGUGCUGUCUCCUGAUGUGGAGGAGGAGGAGGUCAACGGGGUCAAGCUCUCACGGCCACUGGGCCAGAGCCUGGUUCUAGACUGUGGGUCUGCAGGCAACCCUGAGGCCUCGGUCCAGUGGAUUCUACCUGACCACACAGUACUGGAUAAAUCCUAUGGGAACAGGAAGCUCUAUAGGAAUGGGACUCUAGGAAUAAAAGAUCUGACCUCCAGAGACCAGGGAUUUUACAGGUGUCUCAAUGCUAACUACCUGGGGGUGGACCUGUUGACGUCCCAAGUGACAGUCACUGGGGAGGGGUCCAGGAAGGUGACAGUGGUGGAUAGAGAGGGGUCAGGGGCGGAGGCUUUGGUUGAGGUUGACGGGGCCAUAGAGGAGAGGGAGGAUUCCCACAGUGAGGUCCCUUCCUCCAGCCCCUCUGACAGAACUAUCCAGGAGUCCCGGACCAUCACAUCAGACAGGCCCUACCCCAGACUCAGGUCUUCCUCUCAGGGCAGAGGAUCAGCGGACUCUUGGGGGAGAAGGAGGAGCCCAGGAAGCAGCAGGCGCAUAUGGAGCAACAGGAGGGUAUUUGAUCAAGCCUCCAGGAGAGUAGACCUCCAGAGAUUUGCAGAGUUCAUGAAGAAGGCCCAAGGUGGUUCAACAACAAAGACAAAGAGUGCGAAAGAAAAAGGAGAUUCAGAGCCUGACAUGUCUGGGGACCGGGAUGCUGGAUCUGGGGAGGGUCUGUCUCAUGAAGACGGACUCAUUGUUUUACCAAGCAGCGUCAUGCCAACCACAGAUUCUCCAGAUGAAAGUAUGAUGGGUGUAACUGCAAGCAUAGAGAUUUUUAAAAAUCCGAAUAAUGUCAUGGCAACCACCGACAACAGUGAAACCAGUGUCAUGAGAACCAUGGAGAUCCCAGAUGACAGUCGGACUAGUUUCACUGUAACAACAGAAAAUACUGACAGAGUGACAACAGUGACGACAGAUUCAUACACCCGGUCAGACGCCACACCCAUCGAGUCGACAUUCACCCACAGCAGCCACAGCACAGGAAGUAUCAAUGAAACUCAGGGUGAGGCCGUCUUUCAAUACAGCCCCAGAAUUAGUGGGUCUGGUGGUGAGUCGUACUCUUCGGAGAGGAACACGACAGUACCUCUGAGACAACCCGCCACGCUCCUCCUAGCCGUGACCAACACCACAGACGAGACACAGAUCCUGUUCUCCAGAGAAACACCUGCAGAACCAGAUACCUCCACCGGGGCGGCGCUAUCGCUCCUCACCGACCCCAAUGUCACCCCCAUGAUGGACAGUCCCAGAUCACCCAACAGAGAGCCUGAGAUCCACACAGCCACUGACCCAGACAGCCAGACCACCUUCACCGCAGUCACCACCACAGAGAGAGAGCAGGAUGAGAUCACCUUCCACACCACCCAGAGGAUCAAGUCCCCCCGUCUGCCUGCAGGCUCCACCAUCAUCUCCCGCCAGCAGAUCCAUAUCAUCCCUCCUAUGAAGGGCAGAGGAGGAGGAGGAAGAGGAGGGGGCCGGAGGAGGAACUUCCCUGGCAGGAGGAGGUUCAUCAAGCCCAACCGGAUCACAGACAUCCAGUCCAUCCUGAACAAACUCAAACAGCCUAACAUUGUGAAGAAGCAAGGCAGCAGCACAGUACCCAACACUAUGGAGCUGACCACGGACUGUGACUGUGAUGAAGAUGAGAAGAAGAUAGGUGGUCAGCGGGUCGUCACACCAAUAACAUCCCCUAAAACUCCCAACGUCCCUAGCUCCUCUCUAGGAAGAACAGAGAGACCGACCACCACAUACUCAACAGAAUCCCCCACCCUAACCACCCAGCCCACCCCCACUCACUCUCAGUCCCCCACCACCACCCAGCCCACCUCCACUCACUUUCAGUCCCCCACCACCACCCAGCCCACCUCCACUCACUUUCAGUCCCCCACCACCACCCAGCCCACCUCCACUAACUCUCAGUCCCCCUCCACCACCCAGCCCACCUCCACUAACUCUCAGUCCCCCUCCACCACCAAGCCCACCUCCACUCACUCUCAGUCCCCCACCACCACCCAGCCCACCUCCACUCACUUUCAGUCCCCUACCACCACCCAGCCCACCUCCACUCACUCUCAGUCCCCCUCCACCACCCAGCCCACCUCCACUAACUCUCAGUCCCCCUCCACCACCCAGCCCACUCUCUCUCACUCUCAGUCCAGAGGUGAGGUAUCCAGCAGCUACAUGACCUCCACUAAUGCCCGAGAGUCUGACCCAACACACAACCCUAUGACGAGCACAACAGAUGAACCAACAACCUCCACCAUCACAACCACAAUUGCCUCCAAGAUCGUCCGUGGUAAGAUCAUCUGGGGCAAGCUGUUUGGGAACAGGGACAGGCAGAGGGAAAUAGUCAACAGACUACGUAAACCAGCCAGGCCCUCAACCACCCCAGAGGGCUCAACAAUAGUCCAACCAACCACCACCACAACUACAACCACAAACGCACUUCCCACCCAGUGGUCUCUGGCUGAACCUGUGACCGAGUCACCGUCUAGAGCAGGUAAACACAGAGAGACCCCAGAAAUCUCAUCAGACGAUGACUAUGGAGAUUCAUUGCCUGACUCUGAGGCCUCGACCACACAGCCUGGCACUAUCCGUGGAACUACAACCCCAGCCUGGCACUACAGGUACUCCCCCACCACAGAGUCUUCCCCAGACACCCAGACCAUCGCCUCCCCACCUGCCCCAAGAGAAGACACAGAUGAGGCCUCGUCCUCUGUGUCUGAAUCUGGAGGGUCAGCGGGGUACCUAUCCCGUAGAUUUGGGGGAAACCGGAGGCCAAAUGGCGGGUCAGGGGGGUACCUAUCCCGUAGAUUUGGGGGAAACCGGAGGCCAAAUGGAGGGUUAGGGGGCAGGAGGCCUUUCAGGGGCAGGAGGCCUUUAAAAAAAAACAUAACAACUACGGAAGCCCCCAGCACCACCAUAGAAUCAACAGAGCCUUCAACCACCAUGGAGACCACCAUGGAGACCACCACAUAUCCCACAGAAACCACCAUGGAAACCACCAUGGAGACCACCAUGGAGACCACCACAUAUCCCAUAGAAACCACCAUGGAGACCACCACAUAUCCCACAGAAACCACCAUGGAGACCACCAUGGAGACCACCACAUAUCCCACAGAAACCACCAUGGAGACCACCAUGGAGACCACCACAUAUCCCUUAGAAACCACCAUGGAGACCACCACAUCUCCCACAGAAACCACCAUGGAGACCACCAUGGAGACCACCACAUAUCCCACAGAAACCACCAUGGAGACUACCAUGGAGACCACCACAUAUCCCUUAGAAACCACCAUGGAGACCACCAUGGAGACCACCACAUCUCCCACAGAAACUACCAUGGAGACCGCCAUGGAGACCACCACAUAUCCCACAGAAACCACCAUGGAGACCACCAUGGAGACCACCACAUCUCCCACAGAAACCAUAAUGGAAACCACCACAUAUCCCAUAGAAACCAGUAUGGAAACCACCAUGGAGACCACCACAUAUCCCACAGAAACUACCAUGGAAACCACCGUGGAGACCACCACAUAUCCCACACAUACCAUCUCCGUCUCCAACCCCCUGUACAAGCCGUCCAGAGAAUCAGAUAGGUCUGCAGUGACUGUGUCCACUGACAUGACCUCCGGGGGAGAAACCACCACAGACUCCGACUCAUACGAUAAUGAGAACUGGACAGAUGAGAUGAAGUCCUCCACUAACCGUCCACGAGCCUCCACUUCCACCACCAGGCCCAGAAUGACCUCUCCCACAACUUAUCCAACCACCACCUCAAGGCCUUACACUACAUCAUCAACGCGCGUCCAGACUAACAUAGACCCCAUCAGUGUGAACACUAACAUCAGGCUCCCGUCAGGGAGAGACAGCCGUUACCAAAUCACACAGAGACCCAUGAUCAGGAGAACCAGGCCCAAGGUGUCCAGUAACAGGGCCAACAGUGGCCCAGACAAGACCCUGACCUUUGACACACUGACUAUUCUGGAAGCAGAGCAGGGGCACGCCAAAGCCCCCUAUAGCAGCAAGGACAUAGACGAUGCCAUCUCCAUCUCCAACGCCUAUACCCACAUCACCGGCUACGAUACGACAACGGCUAACAUUGUGGGCUUUGAGCGGUCCACCAAGGACAUGCUCACCAAGCCCAGGAUCGUGGGAGGCAACGCUGCCAGCUUCACUGUCCUGUCCAACUCAGACGCCUUCCUGCCCUGUGAGGCCGCGGGCAGCCCUGAACCCACCAUCAGCUGGAAACGAUUCUCUUCAAGCACUGGAAGCACAAUGACCAUCAACGGCAAGAUGAGCAAGUUUGAAGUGUUCCCGAACGGCACUCUAUCCAUCCAGAACGCAAACAUCAAAGACCGUGGUCAAUACCUCUGCCUGGCUGAGAACGAUCAGGGGUCGGACAAGCUCCUGGUCACCCUGUCCGUAGUGGCCUACCCCUCACGCAUCCUGGAGCCCAAGGUACGGGAGAUCAAAUCCCACUCUGGGAAGACAGUGGAGAUGAAGUGCAAGGUGGAGGGCCGCCCCACCCCUCUGGUCUCCUGGAUCCUGGCCAACCGCACCCAAGUCAGGGGCCACAACUCGGGUUCCAGAGUGUCAGUGACACCAGAGGGCACUCUGCUCAUCAAGCAGGUGUCUGUGUAUGACCGGGGCCACUACAAGUGCAUCGCCAGUAACCCAGCAGGAGCCGACACUGCAACUGUCAGACUGCAGGUGGUGGCAGCACCUCCUGGUAUCCUGGAGGCCAAACGACAGCAGGUCCAGACCGGUGUGGGUCAGAGCCUGUGGUUACCCUGUACCGCUCAGGGCAGCCCCCAGCCCACCGUGCACUGGGUCCUCUAUGAUGGAACGGCAGUGCGGCCCCUGAAGCCCUCUGUGGACCCCAGGGUGUCUGUGUCCACUAACGGGACGCUCCACCUGACCAAUACGGCCGCCACGGACAGUGGGAAGUACGAGUGCAUCGUCACCAGCUCUACAGGGUCGGAGCGCAGGGUGGUGACGCUGACUGUGGAGAAGAAGAAGGAGAUGGCUCCUGAGAUCGUGGAGGCGUCACACCGCAGGACAGAGCUGGUGUAUGGGGACCAGCUGAGGCUGAACUGCUCGGCCACCGGGGACCCCAAACCCAGGAUCAUCUGGAGACUACCGUCCAAGGCUGUGGUGGACCAGUGGCACAGGAUGGGAAACCGAAUCCAGGUCCUGGACAACGGCACCUUGGUCAUGGACUCUGUGAGUGACAAGGAUGCCGGGGACUACCUAUGUGUGGCGCGCAGCAAGGUGGGAGACGACCUCCAGCUCAUGAAGGUCACCGUGUCCAUGAAGCCAGCCAAGAUCGAGCCCAAGAUGUACGGCAAGAAGCAGGUCCCCUAUGGCAACGACCUGAAGGUGGACUGUAAGGCAUCUGGAACCCCGGAGCCAGAGAUCUCCUGGGGCCUGCCGGACGGCACCAUGGUCAACAGCGCCCUGCAGUCAGACAGCAGCAGUGGAGGGGGACGCGUACGGCGAUACAUCCUGUUUGAAAAUGGCACACUCUAUCUUAAUCAGGUGGGCAUGGCGGAAGAGGGAGACUACACAUGCUACGCCGAGAACCAGCUUGGCAAGGACGAGAUGCACGUCCACAUCACCGUGGUGACGGCAGCGCCACGGAUACGUACGCCCAGCCGGACCUACGCCCAGGUGAAGCCUGGAGGAAAAAUCCGCUUUGACUGCGAAGCCAUGGGCGAGCCCAAGCCCAAAAUCCUGUGGAUGCUCCCUACUAACGACAUGAUCGCAGCCUCCAACGAACGCUAUCUGAUGCACAUCAACGGCUCCCUAGACAUCCAGGAUGUUAAGCUGGUGGAUGCUGGGGAGUACGUGUGCAUGGCUCGCAACACCGCCGGGGAUGACAGCAAAGUUUACAAGAUAGAUAUCGAUGGCAACCCUCCGGUGAUCAACGGCAACUCCCAGAACAGGAUCGUAGUGAAAGACACGGCCACCAAAUACUCCAGGAAGUUCAUAGACUGCAAGGCUACUGGAGACCCACUUCCCAAGAUCACCUGGAUCAUGCCGGAUAACAUCUUCCUGAACGCUCCGUACUUCGGCAGCAGGAUCAACGUCCAUCACAAUGGAACUCUCGAGUUCCGGAACGUCCGUCCGACGGACAUGGCGGAGUUCGUCUGCAUGGCGAGGAAUGACGGCGGAGAGGCAGUGAUGGUGGUACAGCUGGAGGUCACUGACAUGCUCCGAAGGCCUAUCUUCAAGAACCCCUUCAACGAGAGAGUAAUGACCCGUAUGGGGAAGACCACAGUCAUGAACUGUUCUGCAGAUGGUCACCCAACACCAGAGAUCAUCUGGCUGCUACCCAACGGAACCCGCUUCACCGGGGGCUCCAACCGGGGCUCACGCCAACACCUAGGCAACGACGGAACCUUCGUCAUCUACAACCCCAGCAAGGAGGACGCUGGGAAGUACCGCUGUGCCGCUAAGAACUCGGUGGGCUACAUUGAGAAGCUGAUAGUUCUGGAGGUGGGCCAGAAGCCAUUAAUCCUCACCAGGCCCAGAGGGAUCAUACGCAGUGUGUCUGGGGACCCUCUGUUCCUUCACUGCCUGGCUGAUGGCAGCCCCAGACCCCGGAUAUACUGGACCAUCCCUGGAGGCCACACCCUGGCCAGACCGCAGGUCCAUGGGCGCCACCAGCUGAUGGAGAAUGGGACCCUGGUUGUCAAGGACACCACCCUCCACGAUCGGGGAAACUAUGUGUGUCGGGCGUCGAACGACGCUGGCGAGGCGGUUCUCACAGUGCCAGUCAUCAUCAUCGCCUACCCUCCCCGCAUCUCCACGGGACCCCCUCCCACCGUGACAGCGAUGGCGGUGGCGCCCAUACAGCUCAACUGUGCUGCCAUCGGGAUCCCAAAGCCAGAGAUUACCUGGGAGCUGCCUGACCGCUCUGUGCUCUCCACGGCGGGGAAAGGGCGGCCCACGGGCAGCGAGCUGCUCCACCCUCAGGGCACGCUUAUCAUCCAGAGACCCACCACAGCAGAUUCUGGCACCUACAAGUGCCUGGCCAAAAACCACCUGGGCACGGACUCACGGGUCACGUAUGUACGUGUGCUGUGAGCACCAGCACUGACUAAAGGGGAAUAUAGAACCCCUGGACUAUAAACUCUUAACAGACACGGUAACUUCACAGUGUUUCUUAUGAUGUACAAUGUCAGGAAAGACUAAUUUCCACAUGUGGACUUGUGAGGAGCGGGGUUUGUGGAAUAAAUUUGAUCACGGUACAGCUCACAUCAAUCAACCAAGUAGCAGAACAGGAUUAUUAAGAGAAGGAGGAGGGAAUGGAGGAGGGGAUGGAGGAGGGAGCGAGGAAAAAUAGAAGCUGUACAGAGGAGGGUCUGUUCUUUGCCAGGAAAGUCGUGACUAGCGAGGUGUUAUUCUUAUUAUAACAGAGUCAGAGGUCUGGAAACGCACAGUUGGUUCUCAUUUGAGGUGUUUUUAACAAGGGGCUAGAAGGUGGGUCUUACAGUGAGGCUACUUGUUGAGUGUUUUGACCAGACACUUUACUAUUACAGCCUGUGCGGAGAGAGGAAGAAAGAAACUCACUAUAUUCCCUCUGGACACUUCCUCAAUGUUUAUUUUUUGGAGUGUUGGUAAUGACUCAUUUGCUGCAAUGACAGAAACAUUCUAUUAUCAGAAUAUUUCUAACUAUUUUGCUUUUCAAGACACUUUUCAUAUUUCUUGUGAAUAAAUCUUUAUUAACAGGCAGGAUAUUUUAAUGAAUUCUGCCAAAUAUACAUUUUUAAUAUACAUUUUACACUGGAUUAUCAUACAGUUUUUAAAAACAAAUUUCUCACAUUUCUAACUGUUUAUAUUUUUGAAUUAGCAUUGUUAGUUUGUCAUGUUGUUGUCUAUCUUCCCCCUCUCAUGGUUUGACAGUGCUUGUAUCAAUACAAAUGCAGGAGUUUGAUUGGUGUUAACAGCGACUUUUAUGGAGGUGAAAGUAUCACCUACACAGUAUUCAGUAGCAUCGUGUGAACUGUCACUAAAAGUAAAUGCAUUAUUGGUUUUAUGUAAUAUUAUUCCUUUUGUAACUAUUAUCUACUUUGUGAAUCAAUGGUACACAGGAGAUGAAAUUAAACCAAAGAUGGAAUGUG